CUGUAAUAUAACUGUACGUUAUAAUUUUGAUAAUAUUACCAACUACAUUUAUAAAAAAGCAAUGACAUCUGAAUAUCGUACGUAACAUAAAAAUGUGGACAAUUUAAUGGUCUACUAAGAAACUAUAAAUUUAAAGGAUAUCUGAAAUCUGGAAACAUUGCAUCCUGAUUGGUACCUACCACAUUCAUGAAAAAGGUUUCAGUUACUAUGUCAAAGUCCUUCUUACAUUUUAUACAUGAUUAGUAAUACCAAAACCACAUAACAGUCUACUUUUAUUUUUCGCACAUGAUCCACAAGGUGUGCAUCUUAUAAGAAACAUGCCUCUGUUCGGAAAGUCUCAAAAAAGUCCGGCGGAGGUGGUAAAGGCUCUCAAGGAAGCAGUAAAUGCAUUGGAGCGGGGUGAUAAGAAGGUAGAAAAGGCUCAAGAGGAUGUCAGCAAAAAUCUUGUACACAUAAAAAAUAUGUUAUAUGGAACUGCUGAAACUGAACCACAGGCAGAUAUUGUUGUGGCUCAAUUGGCACAAGAAUUAUAUAACAGUAAUUUAUUGUUAUUGCUUGUGCAAAAUCUAAGUCGUAUUGACUUUGAGGGAAAAAAAGAUGUUGCUCAAGUUUUUAAUAAUAUUUUAAGAAGACAAAUUGGAACAAGAUCUCCAACAGUGGAAUAUAUAUGCACCAAACCAGAAAUCCUGUUUACUCUUAUGUCUGGUUACGAGCAUCAAGACAUUGCAUUAAACUGUGGCACUAUGUUACGAGAGUGUGCAAGAUAUGAAGCAUUGGCAAAAAUUAUGAUAUAUUCAGAUGAUUUUUACAAUUUCUUCAGAUAUGUAGAGGUGUCUACAUUUGAUAUAGCAUCUGAUGCGUUUUCUACGUUUAAGGAAUUACUUACAAGGCACAAAAUUCUAAGUGCUGAGUUUCUAGAAGUUAAUUAUGAUAAAGUUUUUUCUCAUUAUCAAAGGUUAUUGAAUUCUGAAAAUUAUGUAACAAGACGACAAAGUUUGAAAUUGUUGGGUGAGCUUUUGCUUGAUAGACACAAUUUUACAGUUAUGACACGAUAUAUUUCAAACCCUGAUAAUCUAAAACUUAUGAUGAAUAUGCUUAAAGAAAAAUCACGGAAUAUACAAUUUGAAGCAUUUCAUGUAUUUAAGGUAUUCGUUGCUAAUCCAAAUAAACCUAAACCAAUUCUUGAUAUACUUCUUCGUAAUCAGGAAAAGUUGAUAGAAUUUCUAACGCGCUUCCACACAGAUCGUUCAGAAGAUGAACAGUUUAAUGAUGAGAAAGCGUACCUAAUAAAACAGAUCAAAGAACUUAAAUCUGUACAUGAAAAUUAA